AUGGGGAAGGAACAUUUCACACCUGAAUGCAAGUUCAAAGAAUCGGUAUUUGAAAACUACUAUGUGACGUAUUCUUCAAUGAUCUACAGACAGCAACAGUCUGGCAGGGGUUGGUAUCUGGGUCUUAACAAAGAAGGAGAAAUAAUGAAAGGAAACCAUGUGAAGAAAAAUAAACCCGCAGCACACUUUCUUCCAAAACCCUUAAAAGUGGCCAUGUACAAAGAACCUUCUCUUCACGAUCUCACAGAAUUUUCAAGAUCUGGAAGUGGGACCCCGACAAAAAGCAGAAGUGUUUCAGGAGUGUUAAAUGGAGGGAAAUCCAUGAGUCAAAAUGAAUCAACGUAGCCAGGUUAAGGCAGGCCAAGUGCUCUGUAAAUGGAACCUUACCGCUGGAUGCCGUUGAAUUCGUACUCGCAGUCUUUCAUCCAAACCGUUCAAUUGUUCAGGACAAGCCGCCGAACUUGCAUAGGUCACUCGUUUAUCAGCCAUUAGAUCAUCUGGUUGUCAAAGGAUAUAUCCCAAAUAUGUAGAAGAUGCGUGUGCAUAUCACAAGGCACCGGGAUAGCCAGCAAAACAUAACUGUGGAAUAAAUCUCAGAGAAGAAAUGUCCAGCUCUUUUUCCUCUCUCUCUCUCUCUCUCUUUUUUCUCUCCUAUGCUUUGUGGAAAACUAAACAAAAACAUUUCACAGCAUUCACUGCUAAGAAUUUGCUUUCCAACCAAGAAAUAAAAAGACCACUUUUGCUCUUCAAAGGAAAUUUUAACGCUUAUAUGUUUUAUAGGGGCAAACAACAAAAAUGUAAACUUUGUUGUUUUCUUGGCUUACUGUUUUAUAUCUAAGGCUUGAUAACAAAGGUAUCCUUUAAUUUGGAUUAGUGCAACUUUUUGAUUUCUCAACUCAAAUGGGCCUUUAAAGCUGUGUCUUUAAAAAAACAACAACAAUAAAUUCAGGGCUGGAACUGAGAGUCGGUGUCUCAGGCUCAAGCAAACAGUGUUCUUGUGAUUUUAAACACACUGAAAUAUAAAUUUUUAUAGAUUUGUAGCAUUCUGGUAAAGUUCUUGUGCUGACCCCAGUCUGUAGGAAUUGAGUUGUUUUGUUAACCUGCGUCAGUGGAAGAUAACGUAAAGGGAUAAAAUUAUCCUCCAAUGUAGAUUUAUCUUAAUUCCAUUUUGUGUAUCAUGUUAAACUGUUGUUGUGGCGUCUUUUCUAAAGACAGAAACUGUGGAAUUAAGGUGACUUAAUUUUUUAUAAGAAAUGUCUUAUUUGUAAAAGUCCUUCUUUUCCUGUAAUGGGCACGUGAUUCUUGUGUAGGAGGAAGCGUUAGGACAGGUUACCCCUAAACAACAUAUACUCAUACAUGCUAUUGGAAAAACUGUUUAAAAAUUUAGUUAGGUUUCCAUUUAGGUCAUCAUAUCUGUUGCAUGGGAGAAAGUUGGAAUAUUGGCAUAGAGUUGCAUGAUGUGUAAGAUUUUGUGCAUUAACCAUCAUUGGAUUCUGUGCUCCAAACCUGACAUCGUUCUGUACAAGCAGUUGUCUGCCUUGUACAAAAGAGUUGUUUAUUAUUUGUUGUACACACAAUCAUGCACUGAAUAAACUAUUUAU